AAUGUGACGCCUCCCACCCAGAGAUCACGGCCAAUUUUGCUUCCUUGGUCACCAGACACAGAUGGUCGUGGCAUCGGUGGGAUUCGAGCCCGUGAUCUCCGACAAUAGGGAAAACGCUAGUCUGUUGAUACGUUUAUUGUUUCUUUCUUUUUUAAAGUACAGCAGCCCUGUGCCAAUAAAAGUUGAGGGAGAAGCGCUAAGGAGAGACAUACACGACUCUCCCUCCCGUUCUGAUGUAACCGUGCUGUUUGCAGUAGUUCUAGCCAAAAUUAAAUCUAUAUGCAUAUGUUACAGGAAAUAUAUUAUGGUGUAUAUCAUCCCCCAGUCAACAUUUGUAUUUGAGUGACAACAUCAACAACAGUGUACAAAAACUACCCUCUAUUUAUGAAUCAUGCAAAAAUAAACACAGAAUGCACUGGUCAGAAGAGUAUGUGUGUGAUAUUACAAAUCAGAAGGACAACCAGCACACAGUGCAAAUGAUACCAGUGACAGUAGGCCUCAUUUACAGCAUACAUUACAGUGCAGACUAAUGCAACAGAUCCUCAAUGGACCGAGCUCUCUUCUGCAGUAAACUCUGAGGCUCGAUCAUUAACACUUCUAUGGUCUUGGGCUAUACCCAGCUACUCCCUGCAGAAUUUGCAUGUGCAGGAAUCAGUGUGAAAUAUUACAGCUGCUGUUGAUUUUCUUUGCCACUGUCACAUCUGGCUUGCUCAUUAGUGAUCUAAACCUACAUGUGGAUUUCUGUAAAGCUGCUUUGUGACGAUAUCUAUUGUUAAAAACACUCUACACUCUAAAAAGAGUUGAAUUAAACUAAUAACCUGAACAGCCCCUUACUUUUCUUCCCCAGGUAUGUAUAUACCGCUGAUUUUAAUUAAUUAGUUGAGGUUUAAUUAGUGUACACACUAAUUAAACAUCAGUCACAGAUGAUAAAUCUGCUCAGGCGUUGUUUACAGUUUAAACGACGUCACGGUUGCCAGAUUGGUGUUUAAUCAUCCACUGGGUCCUUUUAUCGCAUUAGGGUGGAAACACAUGGCCGGUAGUUAGUCUAUUAUUUCGGCUGGUUUCAUGCAUUAUUGGUGAUUAUCACGCCAUUUAUCGUAAGGUCCAUUUUGGGUGGGUUCUGGUGAAAUUGGGCGGGUUGCCUAUGAACUGUCCGGAGUCUGAGGUUAAAAAAGUCAACCUGGCAACCCUGAGCAGCAGCGCGGCGAGCGGCUGAAAAGCGCCGGAGCUCUGUGUCGGGUUUAUUACAGAGAGCGCAGGAUGCGAGCUGGAGCGCUCCCUCUCACAGCACUCACUCAGUCUCUACUGCACAGCGGUUAUUCACAGAGCACAAGCCGGACCUGAGGCUGCAGUGAGGUGCAGUGAGGCUGUCCAGACUUAACUUAUUAUUAUAAACAGACACGCAGCGAAGAUGAACGAUAUUAAAGUUGCUGUUCUUGGAGGAGAAGGAGUCGGAAAAUCAGCACUCAUCGUGCGAUUCCUAACCAGGAGAUUUAUCGGAGAGUACGCCUCAUCAUCAGAGUGUAUAUACAGAAAACGUAUGUCUGUUGAUGGAAGGCAGCUGAAUCUGGAACUUUACGACCCAUGUUCCCAGCCCCGUGAGGGAAAGUCCACUCUGAAUGAGCAGAUCCACUGGGCUGAUGGCUUUGUGGUGGUGUACGACAUCAGUGACCGCGCCUCCUUCAUCACAGCUACAGCUAUCGUGCACCUGAUCCGAGAGCUCAACCUGGGAGCAGCCAAAAGGGAGUCAGAGUCAGUGGUGUUCUUGGUGGGCAAUAAACAGGACCUGUGCCACAUGCGUGAGGUGGGCAAGGACGAAGGUCAGAGGUUGGCGACAGAUGGGCGCUGCCAGUUCUACGAGCUCUCGGCUGCCGAGUGCUACCAGGAGGUGGCACUCAUGUUCACAAAGUUGGUGCGUAAUGCCAGCCUGAGCGGAAAAGCUAAAGAGCGCCGGCGCCGGCCCAGCGGCUCCAAGUCCAUGGCUAAACUGAUCAACAAUGUGUUCGGCAAACGGCGGAAAUCAGUGUGAGAAAGUUCCAGAGGAAGAAGAGACAUGCAUGGACACUUCUGGUGCCAUCAUAAGAGAUGCACUUAGCUGCAAAGAGCAUCAAAGAUAAACAUGGUUAUUUCUGCCUACUGCAUGCGAUUAUCUUUAAAAUGUCACAUCCAAGUGAUAGCAGUAGAGUGUUUUGGGGUGACCAUUUUUGGUUGACAUUAUCUGCUGUUUGCCAGAAAUGUCAUAAAUGUCCCAGCUGUGCUCUCCAAAUGUUCCAAAUGUAGUAUGCUACAGUUCAUGUAUGAGUAUGAGCAGAGAUUUGAACUAUAAGCAAGUUGUGCCCUUAGUAUUAUAAGGUUGAAGAGCUGUUUUGAAAUAUGGGACAUAGUUUCUAGCGCUCUAAAGUUUCUACUUUCUAGCAAAAUUCUAGCAUAAAUAUGUAGUUCAUAAACGAACAUUUACAUCUCAACAAGGCCUACACUUUAAGGUGUAUAAUAUUGCAGGUUUUCCAGGUCAUGAGCUUGUACCUUGACGAGGGACCCUAAAAUUACUUUUUCCUGGGUUUACUGGGUUUGAGGAGGGGAUACACCCUGAAUGGGAUGCCAGUCCAUUGCAGGGUACCAUGCACACACAUUCACACACUGAUUCACAUCUAGGGAUAUUUUAAGAUCACCAAUCCUCCAUCGCCAUGUUUUUUGGAGGUGGUAGGAAACUGGAGAACCCAGAGGAAACCCACAUGGGCACUGGGAGAACAUGCUCAGAAACUCCACACCGACAGUAACCUGAGCUCAGGAUCGAACCAGGGACACUGAAAGUGUAUUUUAACCAGAAUAUAGAUAUAUUUUGGCCCUGGCUGCCUGUGUUUGUUCAUCCUGGAUGAUGAAUGGCUAGCUGAUAGAACCUUAUAAAAUCUUAAGCUGUGAGCUUGGAGAUAAAACUUUUUUUUUUUUUUUUAAUAUUACCAAAAAAAAAAAACUGGGAGAAUAAAGUAGUUUGAUGUUUAUGUGGUUCACUCAUGUAACACCAAAAUUCCAGAUGGAGUCUUAUAAUACUGAGGUCACAUUAUAUAGUCACAUUGUACAGAAAUGCUCUUUGCUCUUUCCUAAAACUGCUGCAUGACAGUUUGUAGUGUGCUACAGCGUAAUGCCAGAAAUUAAUUCCACCUGUUGCUUUUUUGCUGUAAUUCCUCUCAAUGUCGUGUCUUGACAACUCAUUAACAUUAUGAAAAAUGGACUAGGUUUUGUAGAAUGUAAACUUUUCAGAGUGCCUUUCUGUAAACUUCUCUGUAUGUUUGAAAUGCUGUCCUCUUCACAGAAUAAAGUGAAACAGUUUUCACCUU